CCAAAAUAAAUGCAAGCGAUUGGAGAGCCCCCUAUACAAGUUUUUACUUUAAAGGCAACGUUGUUCCCCGUCUGCCAUUCUUCCUUUCCUUCGAAGCAAAAAUCCAGGUUCACCGGAUUUCAACCGACAAAGAAUGAAGUUGAACACUAGAGUAACUGCUUCUCGUCGCAAGAAUCGCAAGCGUCAUUUUAGUGCCCCUUCCCACAUUCGCAGGAAGUUGAUGACGGCUCCUCUGUCGAAGGAACUUAAACAGAAGUACAACGUACGAAACAUCCCCAUCCGCAAAGACGAUGAAGUCCAGGUUGUUCGAGGACAUUACAAAGGACAGCAGGUUGGCAAAGUCAUCCAGUGCUACCGUAAGAAGUUCAUGAUCUACAUUGAAAGGAUCCAACGUGAGAAAGCCAAUGGAGCCACAGUUCCAGUUGGUAUCCACCCAUCCAAAGUUGUCAUUGUCAAACUGAAGAUGGAUAAGGAUCGCAAGAAGAUUGUUGAGCGAAGAGCUAAGGGCCGUCUUGCUGCAUUGGGCAAAGACAAGGGAAAGUACACAGAAGAGUCUGCAGCCUCCCCCGCCACCACGACGCCGAUGGAAACAGCUUAAAUUGUCGGUCGAGAUACUUUGUAUAUUCGGUUGAAUACAGAGUAUUUGUGCUGAAAA